CGACUCCAGGACACCUAACAACAACAACAAUAAAUGAAUGGGCAUAGUCUUUGGCCGCAAGGAGAUCACAGUCUCCUGGAACCUCUAACAUUUUACAUAAAUAACUGCUGCACAAAACGGAAUGCAGGCCCUUUCUGAGGAAGCUGGACAUAGCCCUAGUUGGCCUAUAAACUGUUUCCAUGGCAACAAAAGGUCCUGUAAGAGUCAAGGGAGGCAGGAAGUGCAGUUUACAUUUCCGGUUUACACAGGGUGUACGAACAACCCGGAAGUUGACUCGGUGCAGUCGCACAUGGCCGCGCUUUGGGAGAAUGCCACUUGUGGUGUUUUGCGGGCUGCCGUACAGCGGCAAGAGCCGGCGCGCGGAGGAGCUGCGCGGUGCGCUGGCGGCUGAGGGCCGAGUGGUGUACGUAGUGGACGACGCGGCGGUGCUGGGUGCGGAGGACGCGACCGUGUAUGCCGAUUCGGCCCGUGAGAAGGCGUUGCGCGGAGCGCUGCGAGCCUCGGUGGAGCGGCGCCUGAGUCGCCAAGACGUGGUCAUUCUCGAUUCUCUUAACUACAUCAAGGGUUUCCGCUACGAGCUGUACUGCCUGGCGCGGGCGGCACGCACCCCGCUCUGCCUGGUCUACUGCGUGCAGCCCUGCGGUCCGAGCAGGAGACCUCAGGUGGCGGGCGCGGAGGAGAUCGGGGGCCGGAAAGUUGAUGUGAGUUGGCAGCCGCGCACUGAGCAGGGCGGGAGACCUCCAGAGGCCGGGACCGGUAUCGUCAGAGAACCUCAGGCUGCCGGCUCUGAAGUAAACGGUAGACCCCGGGCCGAGGUACCUAAGAAACUGGAGCCGGAGGAAACCAGGGCACCAAAUUCUCCAGCUCUUGUGAUUCCAGAAUCCGAGAAAUCUUCAGAGCAUACGUUCGGUGCGUUUUAUCCUCCCGAACUUCUGGAGGCCCUAACGCUGCGUUUUGAGCCUCCCGACUCUCGGAACCGCUGGGACCGGCCCUUGUUCACCUUGGUGGGCCUAGAGGAGCCAUUGCCUCUGGCGGAGAUCCGGGCUGCCCUGUUUGAGAACCGGGCUCCUCCACCCCAUCAAGCCACACAGCCCCAGCCCCUUGCCUCCGGCAGCUUUCUGCAUCAGCUGGACCAGGUCACGAGCCAGGUGUUGGCACGGCUGAUGGAAGCGCAGAAGAGCGCUGUCCCUGGGGAUUUGCUAACGCUUCCUGGCACCACGGAGCGCCUGCGGUUUACUCGGCCCUUUACCAUGGCAGAACUGAGCCGACUCCGACGCCAGUUUAUUUCCUAUACCAAAAUGCACCCCAACAACGAAAACCUGCAUCAGCUAGCCAACAUGUUCUUGCAGUACCUAAGCCAGAGCUUGCACUAACCAGAGGGAGUAUGGGGGAAACUAUAGCUCCUGUGUAACCUCCCACUGCUCACUAUUUCUCUGGGGAGAAUAAUCUGAAGGUCCGAAAAGCAUAUUUAUGUAUGGUGCUAGAGCUAUUGUGAUUGAUUCACUCAAACAAACCUGUCAGGCAUUGAGUUUAUACCACAAGUUGAGAAGAGAGAAUAGAGAACUAGCUUGGAGGAGGAUCCUGUCAAAUUCUUCCAGACAACAGAGAUCCGGUGGACAGGGGUUGCUUAGAUUGUGUGCUACUUGGGAGAUCGCACAUCACUGAUUGCCCACAUCUGAGCUGUGUGAGAGUAGACUGGAUGGAUGGGUUGGUUUUUUUUUUAAGCAAUUGUGAACAGAAACAGUGAAGAUGGCACAGCUCUUUUAUGGCACAAAAAUUUAUUGAGUACCUUCUUUGUGCUAGUCUCAUUCCUGGGAACUCAGAUGAAUCCAUUGGUUUCUGUCCUUGGGAUGCAUUGCCUUUAGUGGAGGUGAAGGACAUAUGCACUAGAUUAUUUCCUCAAUAAAAUCUGUUUUUAAAAAAAGUUUGUUGACAUCUCUCUUAAAAAUAUGUGUGUGUAUGUUUAACUAUUAAAGGUUAAACUUGCCAAAGUUUCGUUUAAUGCUUUAGAUACAUGUAUAUUAUUGUUAUGCCUUUGCCUGAAAUAGUACUUUGGAAGUACUCAGUGAGACUGAAUCAAUCAGUCUAAUCUAGAGUGAUUGUAUUAUGGCAACUUCGUAUCUAUUGUACUUCAUUCUGUAUUUCAAGAAAAAUACUACUUUAGGUUUGUCUUUCAUUCCUUCAUUGACUUCAUUAAACAAAGGGUAGGCACUAUUUACUAGUAUCUGUGAUAAGUUGGCAGUUGAGCCU